CAGUGGGACCGAGAGAGAUUACGCGAACGAGUGAGGGAGCGAGGCGACCGAUGGUCCACGCCGCGCCGCGCUCUUCUCCCCGGACUUUUAAUUCAGGUCAAGAGUAUCCUCGCCUUUUUAGACGCACCCGCAGCUUACCCCCGCGCGCGCGCGCGCCCGCCUAUCGAGGACUGCCUUUUAUGGCCCGGUAUUUGAAAGCAAGCUGCCACAGCCGCAGGCAUUGUGGAAGAUUUAAUCGUGCUCCCAUCUCUCUGCCGAUUAUUCUUGUUUCAUUUUCGCGAGUGUGCGUCGUCGACGCGAAACACAUUUAAGAAUUGACGGGACAUUCCCAGUAUUCUGUCAUUAUCGCGUGUUGCAGCAGCUGCUGAGUGAUAAGUCUUAUCUCUCCCCACAAAAGUACAGGAUGUAUGGCUAUAGCUAUCAGGAGUUGGCUAAUAGAAUGAUGUCAUCCAUGGAGGAAUUCCAGGAGGCGUUCCAAUUGUUUGACAGUCGCGGAGAUGGAAAGAUCCAUGUUUCCCAAAUUGGAGAUGCAUUGCGUGCUCUCGGUCAAAAUCCAACCGAAUCAGACGUGAAAAAGUUUACUCACCAACAUAAACCGGACGAACGUAUUAGUUUCGAGGUGUUUCUGCCAAUUUACCAAGCAAUCAGUAAAUCUCGUACUUCUGAUACAGCAGAUGAUUUUAUCGAGGGUUUGCGUCAUUUUGAUAAGGACGGAAACGGCUUUAUAUCUUCCGCGGAGUUGCGACACCUUUUGACAACGCUCGGUGAGAAACUCAGCGACGAAGAAGUGGAAACGUUAUUGGCGGGUCACGAAGAUUCACAGGGUAAUAUUAAUUACGAAGAUUUUGUCCGCCAGGUGAUGUGCGGCUAAGUAGCUACUUAAUCCUGUAUAAGAGAGUAUUAUUAUCAUCAUUUACUUUGCCACUUAUUCAUCGAAUCUGUUGAAAUCUGUUUUACUUUUGAAGUAUCAUAUCAUAGCAUGUGUACCUACAUGGCAAUUUAUCUCGAGGGAACCCCGACGUGAACACUAUUUUAUUACAUACUGCGGGAAGGCGGUUAGUCCCUUUUAUAUAAGAAAAUCUAAAUUAGUUAAACAAUGGUAGGUAAAGAACAAUCUAGCGCAUUGUGCCUUGACGUAUACUCCGAUUUACGAGCAUUUAGUGAUAUCGAGAUAGUAAGACAUACAUACCUGUUGUGCGAUCCUCAGCGAGAUAUCUGAAUUCCGCGGACACAUUCCAAAUUUUUGUAAGAUAGACUUGAAGAACAAAGGAUCUUCUGACUUUCGCGGCGAGAACCGAGCACAUUUUGAUUUACGCCACACUUAACAUGGCCAUGUACUUUUCUCUCUUUUUCCUCUAUCGGAUUCAAUAUAUCAUCUACGUAGUUAGAAACAUACAUUCGAGAAUCUUCCAUUUAUACUGUUACAUGUCCUAGAAAGAAAAAGUGCGCGGAGAGUAUCCACUUUAUUUAUUUAUGCAUGAGCGUAUUUAUGUCUCCGAAAUGCGCAAAAAAAGAUUAUUGUACAUUGCAAUCAAUAAAAAAAUAUUGCUCUAAGAA